UGAAAUUCUCUUUUCUCUCUUUUUGUAGUCGUCAAACCUGUAACAGUUAUUAUCUUAUUCUCUGUUUGAUUUGAUUUGUUAACAGUGAGUGAUGCGGCCUGGAGGCAUCUCCCCCGCUGUGACCUUCAGCUCUUCGGUUAAAUUGACACUGAUGCUAAACGCUGUUCACAGGGGAGAUGACAUCGAGUGUGAGGAGUCAGGCUGGUGACAGAGCACCGAGGGAAAGUGGAUUACUUCUUCUAACUUCUUCCUCGGGUUCAGAAUUAGAUAUAUUUACGCAGUUGUUUGGAGUGACCUUAGACUGGGCCUCAAGGGCAACUUUGAAGUGACAUUCAAUGAGGCCUUCUGACCUUUGUCAAGCAUUUACACCAACAACUUUAGCCAGAGAAAUAUUCCUGAAUACGUCGCUGAACAAAACAUUAUACGAGAAAAGCCGUCUUUGCGUCAGUCAAACUGGUUUGUUUUGAUCAUAUUGGAACAGAUUUACUUUUCUUUUGUCAGGAAUCGUGCAUUUGGAAGUCAAAUAAAACGUAAAAACAUUACGCAACAAUUUUAAAUGAAAUGUUGACUUUUGCUUCCUUUACUCUUUAACUCAUAGAAUAAACCCACAUAUCAUCGUGUAUCCGCAGGUUUAGUUUAAAUCCUUGUUUUCUGAGGACUUAGUUUGCCCAGUUGGGUCACGGAAACUGGAUCAACAUCAAGUGGACAUCUGUCCCUUGUUCUGGGAGAACAUGCUUGUUUUGUUUGUUGUGCAAAUUAUUUGUUAAAUAUUCAAUAUCUGUGAGCCGGUUUAGCUGCUGAAUUUCCUUUUGUGCUCGAUUAGAAAAAACACCCUGAUGGGAAGAAUAUACAAAUCAACUCAGAGAUCGUGUGUGCUCUUUUUUUCUGUGCAAAAUGCUUCUCAUUCGGUUGCAGAUGGCGAGAUACAAAAACAGAGGGGGAAAAAAAAAGUGUUUUCCCUUGCUCUGCAGGAAGUGUCUUUUUUAAAUCAAUAGCACUGAUUCUUCCCUCCCAGAAGGACACUCACACGGAUAAAGAUUAGUGGCAGUUUGGCAACUAAAGUAGAGUUUCUUUUGUUUCUUUCUCACGUUUGAAUAGAUUGGUGCUGACACUUGUUUGCUUUGAGAAUAAAACAUGUGCAGAAGGAGUUUGGGCAAGAAACAUGUUCACGCUUGAUGUGAAAGUGGCCGAUCAUCCUCAGGCCGAUUCAGUCUCUACUGGUUUGUCUGAGAGGAGACACGGGCGUCUCACUGCACACUAUUGUUCCCGCGGAGAUUCAUCAGAAGCGAUGGAAGCAUGGCGCAUGGGGCUAGAACACAAUGAAGCCUUCGAUAUAACAACCUUGUUACACAACAACACAAACACGGAGACUCUCUUUUAAAGGAACGCUGUGUGCACGAUGUGUCUUUAAAGUUGAAUUGCUACGGACCAUCGGGGGGGCGGCGGGGCUGCAAAGAGAAGUCUGCUUGUGUGAGAGUCUGAGAAAUGUUUUUACUUAAUUUAUUCUAUACAGCAUGAUGAAACUUAUGUUCCAUUUAGAGUCAAAUAGAAAACUAGGUGCGCUUUAGGGCGGGUCUACCAUGUGAUUGACGGGUCGUUAAGCAGGGCCGUAUAUAUCACUCCUCCGCUGUCCAAAUGCAGUAAAAUAAAUAUAUAUAUUGUACCAGCUAUCUGAAAAUACAUCGUAUAAGAGCUGUUGUCUUUUACUACUCGUUCCCUCAACUGAAGCAUGAUGGCUUCUUGCUGCAUGAAGAAAUACUUCAUGCGCCGUGACGUCUGCUGUCCGAAUGUUCUUUGCUGCUUUCAAAAACCCGUGCGCCUACAUCUCUGCAUCCCACUGGUCAGAAUGUGUCAACAUUACUUUGUGCCGUUGUUCAGGAGGGCGAGCGCAUUCGCAGCGUGACUCAGGAUGCGUUUAUUGCUCUGGGUCACAUGUACACUUUGCAUAAGCAGAAAAAUGAUCGUUCUGGAGUAAACGUCUGGGCUCUAAUGAGCAGCAAACCCAACGUCUCCCAACAAAUCAGCUUAUAUGCUUCUCUAAACUCCAAACGACAAAUUGACAAAUACAGCCUGCCUGUAGGUCAUAAAAUGAUAAAGCAUGUUGCAGGGGGAUUAAUGAUGUUUACAUCGCAGCCAGACGUUAAAAUUUGGAGCUCUGUAAAGCGUCCUUUAGAAAGUAAAUGACUCCCUAAGUGCAAAGCCCGACUGCACACAUUAGCAUUAUUACAAAAGAGAGAGCGUCUCCUGCGUUGCUGCCUUCCCGUCCUUGUUUCAACGGUUCCCCAGUACUUUGAUCUGGAUAAUGUCAGUUUGACCCAGUUCUUUCCUGUGGAACUGCUUGUGGUGUCAUCGAUUCAUCUCAGGGAGAACGGACGAGCCUCGGGGGGGAACAACGGGUGACUUUGACCUGGACACUCUGCUCCCCAAACACGAGGAGGGGAAGCGCUGCGUGUGAACCUUAAUUGUUAGCAUCCUUUCUUUUACGAAGCUGGAGGGUAUUUUGCAUACAACAAUUUCCUGUGACGGCCGUCUGCACCUACCGUGACACACUCAUCAGCUUUACACAAAGAGAUGGGAUCAGUUAUCCGAGUGAGGGACAGAGCCUCCCUUUGAAGGCCUUGAUCUCUUCAUCUAACCAUCUUCCUGAUUAUGUCUCGUCAAAUGUGACAGUUGGAGGUCCAAGCGUUAAAUACGACCCGUCAGAGUUCCCUCUGAUCUCUCGGUUGAGAGUUUUCUUCCUUUUUUUACUCCUCAGUAUGAAUUAAUUAAAUUGAUGUAAAUAGCUCAAAAGUAGGCAGCCUAGAGACCCUCAAAAACUAUCAUCAAAUAUUUUAAAUAUAUCUAUCGAUCCGUUUAUUCCUAAUUGUAUCUUUCAGUGCAGCUUAUGCUGACUGGUUGUGGUUCAAACCAAGACAAAGUAAUAACUAACAUAUUAACGUAUAAUGUGCAACUGAUAAGAGAGCUGAACUUUGUCCUGAGGUGAACAAAUGUGUUACUGUAUUUUGUCCCAGGCUGUUUCUCUGCAGUUUAUAUUUUAUAAUUCCACUUUAAAUCCACCCUUUUGGAACAACUCCACCUUGACAAUCCAAAAUCUUGCAGUGAAGUUGCAAUGGCUUCGGGGAAUGGAAGCAAUGGACCCCGCGAUGUUGUAUUUGAUAUGGACGACAAUGAUCAACGAGGAGCAAAAGAGACACGCGGGAGCAGCUGUGAAACAGAGGAAGAUGGAAAUAAACCCACUUAUUGUGUGACCGACGUCCCCCCCUGGUACCUGUGCAUUCUUCUAGCCAUUCAGAGGUGUCAUCAAUGCGGUCGAUUCCUCAUCCGUGGUUCCUCUCCCGUGCAGCAUUACCUGACAUCCUUUGGUGCGAUGACCUCCGUCCCCCUCAUCCUCUCCGAGGGGCUGUGCCUGCAGCACGACAUCCUGACCCAGAGUCAGCUCAUCAACACGGGUUUCUUCGCCAGCGGCCUGAUCACCCUGCUGCAGGUCACCUUCGGCGUCAGGCUUCCCAUCCUGCAGGGGGCCACCUUUGCUUUGUUGACCCCGUCUAUGGCCAUGUUGUCCAUGCCAGAGUGGAAGUGCCCAACAUGGACACAGAACGCCAGUCUGGUCAACACCUCCUCCCCUCUCUUCGUAGAAGUGUGGCUGACCCGCUUAAGAACUCUGCAGGGCUCCAUCAUGGUGGCCUCUCUGCUCCAGAUCCUGAUCGGUUUCUCUGGCCUCGUCGGCUUCCUCAUGCGCUUCGUUGGCCCCUUAACCAUUGCCCCCACAGUCUCUCUCAUAGGCCUGUCACUGUACGAUUCGGUCGGAGCCAAGGUCGGCAGCCACUGGGGCAUCUCUGCUAUGACCACGGUGCUGAUUGUCCUGUUCUCCCAGUACCUCCGUCGCACACCAAUCCCCGUUCCUGCAUACAGCCGAGCCAAGAAACUGCACUCCUCAAAGUUGUACAUCUUCCAGACAAUGCCUAUUCUGCUGGGCAUUGCGGCGUCAUGGUUUGUCUGCUACCUCCUCACAAUCUCGGACGUCCUGCCGUCUGAUCCGGCGCAGUACGGCUACCUGGCGCGCACCGAUGUGAAGGGAGAUGUGGUGAACCAGGCUUCCUGGUUCACGUUACCUUAUCCCGGCCAGUGGGGCAUGCCAGCUGUCAGCCUGGCGGGCGUGUUGGGGAUGAUGGCUGGCAUCGUGUGCUCCAUGGCUGAGUCUGUGGGCGACUACCACGCGUGUGCCAGGCUGUCGGGGGCCCCUCCUCCCCCGAAGCACGCCAUCAGCCGGGGCAUCGCCGUCGAAGGGCUCGGCAGUUUGUUGGCAGGGGGCUUUGGCACGGGCAACGGCACCACGUCGUUCAGUGAAAAUGUGGCGGCCCUGGGGAUCACUAAGGUGGGCAGCCGCGUUGUGAUCCUGGUGAGUGGGGUCUUCAUGAUUUUGAUGGGGAUGCUGGGUAAAAUUGGAGCCAUCUUCACCACCAUCCCCACCCCUGUGAUGGGCGGGAUGUUCCUCAUCAUGUUUGGAGUCAUAACAGCAGCAGGUGUUUCCAACCUGCAGUCCACAGACAUGAACUCCUCCAGGAAUAUAUUUGUUUUUGGCUUUUCCAUGUUUACUGCACUCGUCAUUCCGAACUUCAUAACGAAGAAUCCGGAUUUGUUACAAACAGGUGUUAAAGAGGUAGACCAAGUGUUACGCAUAUUAUUGACCACAAAUAUGUUUGUGGGAGGAGUUCUGGGCUUCUUCCUGGAUAACACAAUUCCAGGGACCAAACGUGAGCGCGGCCUCUUGGCCUGGGACAAAGGGGACCCUGAGGACUCUGCCCACGCUGCAGGAACUGAUCAGGUGUACGACCUCCCGUUCGGCAUCACCUCUCGCCUCUCGUCCCAAUCUUGGGUUCGGCACGUGCCUUUCUGCCCGUGGGAGGGCAACGGAUCGGGCAACGACGCGCCACAGAGUGAGCAGCCCCUCAGAGGCCCGCUGGUCACGGAUGAACCACUCUGAGGUCUCGGAGGAGGUAGCGUCUUAGAAGGGAAACAUAGUUAUCUGUUACACAAAUUAAGACUUCAAAUUUGGGAUAAAAGGCCGUUUCCUUACAUAAGUCUGCAGCCCCUCCACUACUAUGUGACUUCUAAUUUUGCCAAACUGCUUUUAGGCAACUUGUGCCUGUGUAGCUGUUGCUGUUACGGGGCAUCAGAUAGUAAAAUUAAAGCCAUAUCAGCCUCUCUUUUUAGGACACACGGCUGUUUCUAAUCAAACAAAGGUCAUUCUUUAGAAAUAUUGAGUAUCUCUUCUCUGAGCCUGUCACUGCCGAAGGGUGAUUACAGCACGUUUAUGUACAUUUACUGACUUACUUGCCGUAAAUUCUGCCGUCAGCGGGUUUAUUUUGAUGUGUAAACCAUGCUAUUCACUAUUUGAGGAAUAAACACAUCUGCCCAUGAACUGGAGCGCUCACACUUUGUCAACAUCAGUUAAAAGAGAACUACUCCACAAUCAAAGUGUUGUUGUGUUCCACCUCUACGCAGAAUUCUUCUGCUAACUCUCGGCCGGUCACACACACACACACACACACACACACAACUAGAGAAAUGGGUUCUUCAUUCUCCUCUUUCGAAGGAAAUUAAAUUUGGCCGGUGGAUAAGUGUAUUAUCACACAGCCCCCAUCUUCUUAAAGAGCUGCAGCAGCAACCCUCAGGCUGUUAUUGUGUUUCCUUCAAACACAGAUAACAAACCACCUCAAUCUGUCUCUUUUGACCCCGGCGCCUUCGCCUCGUUCCCUCAGAAUUCAUUUCCUCCGCUGCUGUGACAGGCAGGUCCGUGGACACGUGUCAUUCACGAUGGAGUCUCGGGUAGCACUGUGCCACUAAUCUGCAUUUCAAUGGGAAAACGAUGACGACAACUCGGUUAUUUCUCCUCUCAGAAGGCUUCAAAUUUACCACCACGGAUUUUAUUUUUAUCUCAGCUUUGAGGAAUUACUUCUAUUUUGUCUUUUGUGAAAUCUACAUGAUCUCAUCGGUCACCCUCAGCUUUCAGACACUUUAUGAGAUUUAUUGUAAGCACUUUAGAGCGCGCAAAGGGAGACGAACAGGACAUGAUGGAGGUGUUGUGUCUUCGUUACCAGCAGAUGGGGAUCAAACUGCUGGGAGUAAAUACAUCUUGGCACAUAAACGGUUCCCACAUUCAUCCGUAUGACGGAUUGUUGUGUGAAGACUGUACGCGUAGGACUUCUUAUUACGUCCCUGAGAUUUGGGCAGGAGCUUUGUUAUCAACAGCCGUUAUUUUUCUAUUCUCAGUUUAAUUAUCAGAAAGGUUCAUUUCUGAUAAAACAUGUGUCAGGCUCCACAUGCUGUUUAGAAACAAAAAGAAUUCACAACUUUACUCCACGGGCAGAUCCGACUGAUGCUGCUAAACCAUCUUUAAGCCUGGCUGUUUUACCUUCUUAAUUAUUAUGUUAUUAUUUGUUUUCUGUGAAUAUUUGAUCAUUUUCUAAUACAGUACAUCUUUGUGUGGAAUUAAAAUGUUGCAUUUAA